AUGUGCCACAAGCUGCAAGGCAGCAUUCAAUUGACUGACGAGACACCUGCGAUAAAUUUGUGUAUCGUCGGAAAAUAUCAUAUGCUCAGUAAAUCUAAGAAAAGCGCUAAUAUCGUUAAUAAAGAGGAAGAAAAGGAGAGGACCCAAAACGAAUCCUUGCGGAACACCAGAAAUUUAACAUAUACCACGCAAUUGUUUGAAAAAGCAAAAGCAGAAGAGAAUAAUAAUAAUAGCAUGGAAGAAGAAACGGCCAAUGUCGGUGAAGCCUCUAAUGAUGGAUUUAGAUGGAUUGACGAAGCUGUUAGAUUGUUAUUGGCAGAAUAUAAGCAGCAUGAAUACCUAUUGAAUACAGGGAAAGUAUCUGUAAAAAAGUUUUGGGAAAUAAUUUCUCAAAAAUUGCAGGAACAAUCCUACAAUAUUACAGGAUUGCAAUGUAAAAGCAAAUUUAACGGUUUACGAAAGACAUACAAAAAUAUCAAAGAUCAUAACAAUAAAAGUGGUAACAAUAGAUGUACUUGGUCGUACUUCGAGCUUAUGGAUGAAAUGUUUGGGCACAAACCAUGGGUCAAGUCAGUUCUAACUUUGGAUACUUCUGAUAGUAUACUGCCGUCUCCUGGUCCUUCGUCCAGCAACAGCAACAGCUCUCCAGGUCCAAGAUCAUCUCCUUGUCAAAAAGUAAAUGAAGAGACUGCAUUAGAAAAACUUAUUACAAUUGUGCAGGAAAAUAAAGAAGAAAGAAGGAAAAUGCACGAAGAUACUUUGAUAAGACAAGACCGAUUAUUAGGUCUUUUAGAAAAAAUUGCUAACAAAGAUAAGCAAUGA